AUGGCCUCGGGCUCGAGUCUCAAUCCGGAGUCGGACAGCUUCGAAAGCCGGCCCGCGUUCUACAUCGGACAGCAUGAUUCGAGUCGCAAGGAGGCGCUCACAGACGACCAAUACGCGCAGGUUCUUGACAGCGGGUUCCGCUUCGUCACUGCGCCCAUCACCAAUGACCACUUCUUCAAGCGGGUCGUCAACCUGUACAGGGACUACCUCAAGGAGCGAGAGCAGUGGGCCCAGCAGGGGGAACUCGCCGUCGGCCACCAGGCCAACCCGUCCCUGCCAGGACCCGUGGUGCCGACACUGACGGACGAGGACACUUCGGUGUACCCCAGCAACUACAUUGGUUCGCUAGCACUGUACUCCAGCCCAUGGAUCGACUUGUGCUCUUCUGAUCCGCACAUUGCGAGCAUCUCGCGCCAGGUGCUGAACCUUGAGGCGGCCUAUGCCAACUUCUGCGGUGCCAGAACCAUCGUUGUCCCUGGGCCCAGACGAGACGACAGCAGCCGCGGCAUUGCCCAAUAUGCCCGCGCGAUCCGGGAGGUACUGCAUGUGGCCGGCCGAGCCAACAUCAUCAUCCACCUGCCCAUGUAUCGGGAACCUGGUCUGGAGGAGAAGGCGGAGACUCUCUCGUCCAUCUUUGGAAUUGAGGAUGGCGCAGGUCCAAAUGCCAAGAAGGAGGUUGACCUCUUCGGUACUUGGGAUUCCUGGAACACCAUCAGAUCGGUCUGCUGCUACUCGAUGAGGCUUUUUUUCACAGCCAUUCGGAUCCCUCGCCGCGUUCCUGAGAGGACUCUCCAGGAAAGGUGGUUUGCCGAGCCCCUGCAUUACCUGACCAUCAGCAAGGAGGUCUUUCAGCCUAAUCGCGCCGGGCACCCGUCGCUCAGCAGGCACCACCAGGAUCUGAUCAAUCGCUACAUGCGGCUGAGAAACGCCCCAUGGCUCUUGCUCUGCGAUGUUGGCCCUAGCACGGAGCAACUAGCUGCCUUGCUUGACGAGACGGCCUCUGAGUUCCCGUCCCUCGCCGAGGCCAACCAAGCGCUGAAGGAGAACCGACGGCCGCAUAUGCCAGCCAUGAACGCGUACGUCGGGUACAUGAAAUACCUCGAGCGUCAACAACCGCCGUUCUCUCCGAUGGAGACGCCGGCCCUUACAAGCUUCCAGGAUUGGCUGCAGCCACCCCUCCAACCACUGGCCGAUAACCUCGAGUCGGCGACGUACGAGGUGUUUGAAGGUGACCCGGUAAAAUACGAUCAGUAUGAAAAAGCUAUUACCGAAGCCAUGAUUGAGUGGAGGGAGCUCAAGAAGCCGACGUCGACAUCAACUCCGGAGAAUCCUUCCAACCCUGAGCUUGUGGUCACCGUUGCCGGCGCCGGACGUGGGCCGCUGGUCACACGUGCUUUGCGCGCUGCCGAAAAGACCGGCACACCCAUCCAGAUCUGGGCCCUCGAGAAGAACCAGGACGCUUAUGUGUACCUCCUGAGGAAGAACAAAAUGGAUUGGGACAACAAGGUGACCGUGGUCAAGACGGAUAUGCGCGGGUGGGAAGGGCCGGGUCUCAGGGGAAGAGAGGACGCCAUCGGCAAGGUGGACAUCCUCGUGACGGAGCUGCUAGGCUCGUUUGGGGACAACGAGCUGUCUCCCGAGUGCCUCGACGGCAUCCAGAACCACCUCGCCCGGCCCCACGGCAUCUCCAUCCCCCACUCGUACACGGCCCAUCUCAGCCCCAUCUCCACGCCUCGUCUUUACGCCGACAUUAGCUCGCGCAUCGUCGGCGACCCAAACGCCUUUGAAACCCCCUGGGUCGUGCGCCUGUUCGCCCUCGACUACGUCGCCCAGAAAGUCCCCGGCCACCCGCGAUUCCAACAGGCCUGGGAGUUCGUCCACCCUGUCCAAGUUCUCCGCGCAGACGAGUUCGCGGCAGUACACGGAAAGGCCGCCAGGUACUCCACGGGCGGUGUGGGCAGCAUGGCCGGGUCGAGCGGCACCAACGAGCACAACGCCCGGUACUGUCACCUGACCUUCGUGUGCCCCACGCGCGGCGUCGUCCACGGACUGGCGGGCUUUUUCGAGUCCGUGUUGUACGCGCCGCAGACGGGCAAGGGCAAGCAGCCUGUCGAGAUUAGCAUCUUGCCGGAUCAGAUCGAUCGGAAGAGCAAGGAUAUGAUUUCGUGGUUCCCCAUUUUCUUUCCGCUCAAGAAACCGCUCUACUUCCCGCAAGAUACCGAACUCGAGGUCAGCAUGUGGCGGCAGACGGACGACACCAAAGUGUGGUACGAGUGGCUGGUGGAGGCGUACGCCUGGGUUGGGCCCAACACGCGGAUCAAAGUUGGGGAGUCGGAACUGCACAGCAGCCGCAAGGUUGCCUGUUUGAUGUAG